GAGAGAGAGAUAGUUAGUCAAGAAACUGAAAGAGAGAGUCUCUAGCUACCAUGGAAGAAUCACAGAACAACAUAGAGAAUGGGAUCAUUAGUGAUAAUUACAAGGGAUUAUUAGACAAUAAUCACAAGGAGCAGUGGGCUAAUAAUAUUAAUGGAUCAAGAACACCACCACAAAACAUGGCAGCCUCCAUGGUCCGCAAGAAAUCCGACCCGAUACUUGUUUCCAAUGUUCGCUUCCAAAUGCUCAGAAGUUUGCUCAACAAUUUGCAAGAGGUGGUUCUUGGCACCAAGCUUGCUCUGCUCUUUCCUGCCAUUCCCCUUGCAAUCGUGGCUGAUUUUUAUCACUUUGGAAGACCUUGGAUUUUCGCUUUGAGCUUGCUUGGACUCACCCCGCUUGCUGAACGUGUCAGCUUCCUCACUGAACAAAUUGCUUACUUCACUGGUCCAACAGUUGGAGGCCUUCUUAAUGCAACAUGUGGCAAUGCAACAGAGAUGAUAAUAGCAUUAUUUGCUCUUCGCCAAAACAAAAUCGACGUUGUGAAGUACUCUCUGCUGGGUUCCAUUCUCUCCAACCUCCUCCUUGUGCUUGGGACCUCUCUCCUCUGCGGGGGUUUGGCCAACCUGAAAAAAGAACAAAGAUAUGAUAGAAAACAGGCUGAUGUGAAUUCACUCCUGCUGCUGCUGGGGUUGCUUUGCCACAUGCUGCCACUGUUGUUCAGAUAUGCGUCGGGGCUGAACAAUCCCUUUGCCACCAACACUCUCCAGUUGUCUAGAAUAAGCAGCAUUUUUAUGCUUAUAGCAUAUGUUGCCUAUAUCUUCUUCCAGUUGAAAACCCACCGCCAGUUUUUUGAAUCACAAGAGGGAGAUGAAGAUGAAGAAGAAGAAAAACCUGUGAUAGGAUUUUGGAGUGCAUUCAGUUGGCUGGUUGGUAUGACAAUUAUCAUAGCUCUGUUGUCUGAGUAUGUUGUGGGAACAAUUGAGGCUGCAUCAAAUUCUUGGGGCAUUUCUGUGACCUUCAUCAGCAUUAUUUUGCUACCUAUUGUGGGGAAUGCUGCAGAACAUGCUGGAUCAAUCAUCUUUGCUCUCAAGAACAAGUUGGACAUAUCUUUGGGUGUUGCUUUAGGUUCUGCAUCUCAAAUUUCUAUGUUUGUGGUCCCUUUAAGUGUGAUUGUUGCCUGGAUAAUGGGUGUCCAAAUGGAUCUUGAUUUCAAUCUCCUUGAAACUGGUUCUCUUGCUUUCACUAUAAUUAUCACAGCCUUCACAUUGCAGGAUGGAACAUCACAUUAUCUGAAAGGGGUCAUUCUUUUCCUGUGCUACAUUAUUAUUGCUGCUUGCUUUUUUGUUGACAAAAUUCCCAUGAAUGAAACAACUGUGGGCAAUUUGGGAACUGUACUUGAACCAUCCUCAGGAGUCUUGGUUGCUUGAUUAGCUUGGCAUCCCAAAAUAAAAGUUGAGAUCUGUUAAGCAUCCAUUUUGGUUAAGAGUUGAGAUGGGGUGUGUUCUUCUCAAGAAGCAAGGACUCUUGGAAAUGAAUGGAAGUUCCCCUCUGAAGAUGUUUGCUUCAUUUUGGUUAAACUGGUGGCAAAUUGGCAAGUGUUUUUAUAUUCAAUAUUUGACUUUUCUCUCUGUGACUAGAGAGCAUGUAUUUGAUAUUUAAGCAAAUAUGUGGUUGAAGCAGAGGGAAAUGCAGCUAUGUCUUCUUUUGGUGGCAAUAAUAGCAUGGAAAUAAACAACUCUAGAUUGGAGUUCAA